GACUUGAGUUAUAACAACACACCACACACAAAACCGAAAUUACUUAGCUGUUGAAGAUUAGGCGUUCUUUCCAUUGGCCACAUUGUGUGUGUUUGUCCUUGUAUGAAUUAUUAUAGGAUAGGUUAUUUAGGAGAGAAGAGCCAGCGUUCACAGUGUUUUUUUCUGUUGUUAGACCAUUUCGGAAGAAAGAAGAACAUCAAAACUCUAAAUAUAGUAAAUAACCCCUAUUUUAAGAUCUGAGAUUGAACAUGAUGCUGCUAGAACUGGAAUUCUACAUAAUGGAUGAAAGGGAAGACUUGCCUUCAUCCACAGGUUUUUGGUAAUGAGAAUCUACUGGCGUUUGUCCAAGAGGUAAGCAUACCAUGACAUUCCACAGGCAAAUGCUCCAUUUUUUUAUCAAUGGUAGACAUGCAUACAAUUUUCAUAUAAUGCUGACAUAACCUGAUUGGGUGAUUGGGUAGUUUAACAGAACGAUUCCAGCUGGAGUAGAGACCUUUCAGAGACCUUGCCAAAUGUUGGCCUCUGUUAUGUUGUGUUUGUGUUGUGUUGCAGUUGUGUUAAUACACAGUUUCAUGCACGUCAUUUGUGACCCAUAUAGUUGGACAUUUUCUGUUGCCGAUCUUCUUUGUCUUGCUAUAAAGGCAAGCCGCCAAAUGUUUAAGACGCCUGGAGUGCAGUGGCGGCUAGGUUUGGUGGCUCUCUACCUGUGGGUGUUCGGGGUGGUGCACACCAAAGACACACCCUGGACGUGUCCCCAACCCUGCCGAUGCAACAGCAGAACCCUGGAGGCCAACUGCUCCGACUGCCAACUCGGGGUGGUUCCAGACGGGUUCCCGCAGGACUGUCGACUUCUGAACCUCACUCACAACCACUUCAAGAUCCUGGUGAGCCAGCAGUUCAAGACGUGGACACAGCUUGUGGAGUUGGACGUAAGCGACAACCCCCUAGUGAUGAUUGAAGCUGAAGCCUUCCUGGGACUACGCAGCCUGCUCACGCUUCGCCUUGCCCGCAACCGUCUCAGGGUUAUUCCUGCAGGGGCGUUCAAAGGCCUGCCGCGACUGAAGCUGCUGGACAUACGGGACAAUCAGAUACUCGUAUUGCUGGACUUCACCUUCCAAGACUUGCCAUCUCUGCUGCGAAUUGACACAGGCCGAAGUGAUCUGGUCUUCGUUUCGCCACACGCCUUCGCCGGCUUGACCAAUCUGCGAGAGUUAAACGUAGACAGAUGCAAUCUGACUGCGGUGCCAACCGAGGGACUCAGACCUCUGAACGGGCUUGGGACGCUUAGCUUUCACCGGCUCGGCCUCACCACGCUGACCAACUAUUCUUUCCGAUGGUUGGGGAACCUCAAGAAGCUUGUCAUCUCCCAUUGGUCUGUUCUGGAGACCUUGGAGGGAAACAGCCUCUUUGGCCUGAAUCUCACCUUCCUGACUGUAAGCCACUGCAACCUCAGUGUCGUCCCCUACGCCUCGUUGCACCAUCUCGUAUACCUUGUGCACCUUGACUUGUCCUUCAACCCCAUCCGGUACGUGCGUGGGAACUCGCUCAGGGACCUGCUGCGCCUCCAAGAGUUCCACCUGGUGGGCGGCCAACUGCUCCGCAUCGACCCCAGAGCCUUCCACGGUCUGGCCCGGUUCAAGGUGCUCAACGUUUCGGGAAACCUUCUGAAAACGCUCGAGGAGGGGGUCUUCAGUUCGGUCAGCAGCCUGGGCGUGCUGAGACUCGACGACAACCCCCUGGCCUGCGACUGUCGGCUGCUAUGGGUGCUGCGAAGACGGGUCCAUCUCGUCUUUGACAGGCAGCCGCCGGUGUGCACCACCGAGGUCCGGUUCCAGGGCUGGAGCUUUAUGGAUUUUGCCGAGGUCGAUCUCCCGGGUCCGUUUACCUGUCGCCGCUCUCGAAUAGUGAACCGCAAACCUCAAUACGUGCAGAUAGCCGAGGGAUACACGGUUCAUUUGCACUGCAACGCAGAGGGUGAUCCGACGCCAUCGGUCAGCUGGCUGAACCCGCAGCGUGUUCAGCUGUCGGCCAUCGGGAGGCUGCAGGUCCUCGCUAACGGCUCUCUGGAGGUUCGCUACGCACAGGCGCGGGACAGCGGUGUUUACGUCUGCCUGGCGUCAAACGCCGGGGGGAACGACAGCAUUCGCGUGAGUCUCGCAGUGCGAGGCUUCUCUCGUUCGUCCCGAAACUCCUUGCUUUUCAACGAAACCCAGUCGUUUCCAUUUGAGGUAAAAACACUGGCGGUUGCGAUCACCAUUGGGGUUCUUUCAUUCUUUAGUUCGGUUACCAUUUGUUUUAUUUUCAUGUUUCUCUGGAGCAAAGGAAAGGGGCAAUACAAGCACACAGCAACGAUUGAAUAUGUGCCGAGAAGUGCAGCAUCAAAUAACAACAACGGAGGCAAAGGCCAUGGGGAGUCCAGCAGAUUCACAAUGAAGCUGAUAUAGGUGAUUCAUUGUAUCACACGCUUCUGCUGACUGUACACACAUCACGUGGACGGUUGUGUCUUUAUGUAUGGCUAAACUAAUUAAAAAUGGAAGCAAAAACGGGUAAUGAUCGAACAUGUUAUCAUCUCAUGGGGCGCAAGUUAGGCUAACCCCAAGUUGUUUGAAAACAGCUGAAGUUAUUACAGUUGGAUGUACAAUCACAUAUAACAUUUUGUAGCAUACUAUAUAUAGGCCGAGCUGCUGAAUAGGUGAAUGCAUGCCCCCUCCUGUUGGUCAUUAGCAUUGAAUACUAAUACUUAAAUACUAAUACUAAUAUUUUAACAUUAGAUAUAUUUUGAAAUUAUGAAUACUGUUGAAUACUAUUUUUUAAGAAAUGCCACAAGCUGGAAUGCACUUUCUGAAGGUCAUGUAAAAUAUAUAAAUAAAUAAAUAAAUAACCUGUAACCUAAAUCACAGCAUGCUACCUCAAUUCCCAAUUUCACAUUCGGAGAAUGGAAGAUUACGUGGGUCCGAAAUGAAUGAAUAAAUAAAUAAAUGUAACGUGUCUGUGG